AUGAAAGAGUCCGAAGACAGAUUUAAGACGAACUGGCAAAAGUUGAGGGAGGAGUGCAAAGGCUUCAUGGAAAUGUACGACGAGUGUCACAAGGACUUGUUCAAGGACUUGUCCGAGUUGAUCAUGGCGAAAUUGCAAGAUAAAGAUGAAAUCCGCGGAUUCGGAGAUCCGGAAUUCUCGAUUCGCGUGACUGGAGUCCUUGGGUACCUGCUAAAGUCAAUCCACGACGUCCAGCAUGGAGUAAAGGUCAUGACGAUGGCAGAUAAGUGGGAUGAAUGGGAGGCGAGUACAGGAAGCGAAGAGAAUCAACAGAAUGAACAGGUCGGUCAGAUUGAACAUGCAGAUGAAGGAGAUGAGGAAGGAGAUGAGGAAGGGGAUGAGGAAGAACGCUCGGUAUAUGACGAGCCAGAUGAUGAACCAGAUGACAGGCAAUAUGACGAGCCAGAUGACGAGCAAGAAAUGAAUGACGAAGACUCAGAGGAAGACAGGAAGAAGGAAGCAGAAUCGAAAGAAGAAUCUCGUGAGGGUAAUCAGAACCCUUCUCAGAUGAAUUCUCCUGAAGAAGUCACUGAUCAAAUUGUGUGUCGCUUUGAGCACCUGGCCAAGAUGAACCAAGAUAUCCGAUUCUGGACCACAGCCUGUCGACUACACCCCGACGCAAAUGAACCAGUUGAAUCAAACUGUCAUUGCUCAUUGCUCAUCUUGCCGGGAGACAAUUGA